AGUAAAAUUUAACCCCCCGUGUGAACACGUCUUCAACACUGAGCCUGUGACGCCAAAUUCUGAAAACCAGAAAGCGAUAAAAAGAGAAUUUUUUUCUCUGCUUUGCGCUUAUUCAGAUUUUCCCAAAUUCUCAAUUCCCCAAAAAUCCUAAUCGAACUCCAAAAGCAAAAUCCAAACUCAAAAGAUUGAUAAAGUUUGGAGCUUUAUUAUUAUCUUUGAUGGGCUAAAUUGAGAGUUAAAAAGCUUACAUUUUUGCUGCCGUAGCCCCAAAUCUGGCAAACCUUGGGGGAUUGAGACCUCGCUUGUCGCUGAAGCAAGCUCAACCAGACUACGAAGACGACGACGAGGAGUGCAGACCUUGGCGUCGCAGGCUUUCUAUGGCUUUUACUUGGGGUUCUGCGCUCAGGAUCGCCCUCCUCCUCCUCGUUGUUGCCGCUGUAGUAACCGCAUGUUAUACUCUCCCUGUUGAAAAGAUUUUGAAGGACUUUUUACAAUGGGUUGACAAAGAUCUAGGACCCUGGGGUCCCUUUGUGCUCGCUGUUGCUUACAUUCCUCUAACUGUCUUGGCCGUUCCAGCUUCAGUACUUACUCUGGGUGGUGGUUAUCUUUUUGGGCUGCCUGUGGGCUUUGUAGCUGACUCCAUUGGUGCUACAAUUGGCGCUGGGGCUGCAUUUGUUCUUGGUAGAACUAUUGGCAGAUCAUUUGUUGUUUCAAAGUUGAAGGAUUAUCCACAGUUCCGCUCAGUUGCAAUUGCAAUUCGGAAGUCUGGCUUUAAGAUCGUCUUACUGCUUCGGCUCGUUCCCUUACUCCCGUUUAGCAUGUUGAAUUACCUUCUGUCAGUAACUCCCGUUCCAGUUGGAGAAUACAUGCUGGCUUCAUGGUUAGGAAUGAUGCCAAUAACACUUGCCCUGGUAUAUGUUGGAACAACUCUCAAAGAUCUUUCUGAUGUGACACAUGGGUGGAGUGAGUUUUCAAAAACUCGUUGGGCACUUAUUAUACUGGGCCUUGUGGUAUCUGUUGUUCUAAUGAUCUGUGUUACGAAAGUCGCCAGGGCUGCUUUAGAAAAAGCUUUGGCUGAAGAUGAGGAUAUUGAAGACUUCUUAGAACCAGCUCAGUUACCCAUUGUGGAUGAACAUGCUGUGGAUCUCAACCGGCCUCUCAUAAUCAAGAUAGACGAAUCUCAAGACAAUCAUGAAAAAUGAAGAUCUGUGCACUGUGAUCUUUUGUAAAUUGUUACUACUACAUGUAUUUGAUGCAUUUUAUUUAUGAUUUGUACAGAUACCUUUUCUUUUAGAAAUUUAAUUUUGGAUCCCUUAACUGAACUUACAAAAUACAAAAGAGUAUAUAGUGUAGCUUGUUUCUAACUGGGACGCAAUAAAGGUUGUAAGAAACCAUUGUACCA